CCUCUGCUACGAGUUUUUAUACAGUGUGCCUCCAUUUGAGGCCGAGAGACAGACCGACACAUUCAGAAGAAUUAUGAAGGUAGAACUCAGCUUCCCUUCAACACCUGAUGUAUCUGCUGAAGCUAAGAAUCUCAUUAGCCAGGAUUCUCCCAGUGCAGCUCGGAAUUUGGAUUUAGAUUCAACUCUUGAGGCUAGAACUAGUGGGACACGACCCGCUGGUGAAGUUGAAGGAAGCAAUUACAAUCAUCAUUCAAUCUUGACAAUUGCAUUCCAGUUUGCUUUUGAGAAUCACUAUUGAGAAAAUGUAUUCCACUGCCAAGAUAUCCAAGUGACCUGCACAAGUUAUUCUAGAUUUACGAAGGAAGCAGUAAUAUGCAUCCUAUAGAGAUCGCUAGAUUUAUACUCUUUACUGGGAAGUUUGAUAGAGGAUAAGCACUAACGAAAGUGUUUGUUCACCUUAUUGUAGCCCUAAAAGUAGACUAGAACUUGAAAUGGAAGUAUUUGGUAGGCCUGGUAGAUUUUAUUGGUUUCGUAUUACAAGAUUGAAUUGGACAAUGGGGAUUAUUUCAUGUCAUUGAUUGGGAUUAUCAUUAAACUUACCUCUCAAAAUAAGUUAUCUAUGCAGUUAAUUAUACAAUUUUAUUUUUUGCAAA